ACGUGUACCAUUCAUUUAUAAAUUUAUGGAAUUGCUUUAAAACCAAAAACAAGUUUCAACUAAGCAAUCACUUACUCAACAUGAACCUCAGAGUUUUCUUUGUGUGUUUCUUUGUUUUUAUUAUCUUUAGCUGCGGUUUCUCAAUGGCUCAAAUGGUUCCUGCUGUUUAUGUUUUCGGAGAUUCACUUGUAGAUGUUGGAAACAACAAUUACUUGCCUCUUUCUAUUGCUAAGGCAAAUCAUCGUCACUACGGUGUUGAUUUUCUUAAUCAAAAACCAACUGGGAGAUUUAGUAACGGCAAAAAUGCUGCUGAUUUUAUUGGUGAGAAAUUAGGUUUGGCAACUUCACCACCUUACCUCUCAUUGAUAUCAAAGGGCAACAAAAAUGAGAACAAUGUAUCAUUUAUGAAUGGUGUUAGUUUUGCGUCCGCAGGUGCUGGAAUAUUUGACGGUACAGAUCAACGUUAUAGACAAUCGUUACCGUUGGGAAAACAACUGGAGUAUUACUCAAAUGUGUAUGAGGAACUGACAAGAGAAGUUGGAGCAAGUGCUUUACAGAAGCAUCUGUCAAAAUCAAUUUUUGUUGUAAUUAUUGGAAGCAAUGAUCUCUUUGGAUACUUUGAGUCAUCAGAACUUCGUAAGAAAAACACCCCACAAGAGUAUGUUGAUUCCAUGCUUUUCUCACUUAAACUGCAACUACAGCGAUUAUAUGAUAAUGGUGGGCGUAAAUUUGAGAUUGCGGGAGUUGGGGUGAUUGGAUGCUGCCCUGCGUUCAGACUGAAGAAUCAAACGGAAUGUGUUGUAGAAACCAAUUACUGGUCAGUUCAAUAUAACAAAGGCCUUCAAUCCAUGUUGAAAGAAUGGCAAUCAGAGAAUGAAGGCAUUAUCUACUCCUACUUUGACACUUAUGCCACAAUGAGUGACCUCAUUCAGAAUCCAACUGUCCACGGAUUUACAGAUGCGAAAGCUGCUUGUUGUGGACUUGGAGAGUUGAAUGCCAGGGCUCCUUGCCUGCCCGUGUCAAACCUUUGUCCCACUAGACAAUACCAUGUUUUCUGGGAUCAAUACCAUCCUACAGAGGCGGCUUCACGGAUCUUUGUCGACAGAAUUUUUGAUGGUCCUUCAACUUACACUUCUCCUAUUAAUAUGAGACAGCUAGUAGCAGCUUGAAGUUUGCGAUUAACUUAUCACUUCAAAUUACUUCUUUUUUUGUUCGUCAUCAAACAAAAAUUUUAGACAACAAACAGGGGUUAUUAGUUUAAUGAAUAGCAGUAAAGAGGAUCGUCUUUAAGAAACGUGUCGUGCAAGUUUUAUCAAUGCAAGAACAAAAUUGUAAUACAUGGAGGCCAUUGAUUCCACCAUUAGUUUAAUCAUAUCAAUCAUGGAUAUACAUGUAGACUAUUAAUAUCA